AUGCAAUUCAAAUCUGUUUUAAAUUUACUUGUCGCAGCCCUCGUGGCUGCUCCUUCUGCUGCUCAGCAUAUUACCAAGGACACUACUGAUAGUAAAUUUGUUACUAUUACAGGUAAUGCCAUUGUUGAUAGAAAUGCUUGGUGGACCAUCUAUGAUGCUAAUAUUAUUUUUCCUCAAGCUCUUGUUAUUUCUGGUGGAUUUUACUAUUUCCAUGACACUGCUCGGGGAAGUAUGCCAAUUAGAGGAAUGUAUACCUUCUCGAACUCUGGUAUUGCCUUCUUUAAGUCUGUGGAUGCUUCCAUUGCCAUUCACUUUCUUACCAAUACUUUUACAAACUCCGGUGAUUUCUUCUUCCUUGGUCAAAAUGCUCCUAUUUCUCUGAUGUUGAUUCCUGGUGUUUGGACAAAUACAGCAAGUGGAACUUUUAACUUGUACUUCGAUACCAGACCAACCAAUGGUGCUAUCUUAGGUAACGCUGGUAACGCUUUUACUAACUACGGUCAAAUUUGUAUGAGAAAUUAUUUCAUGGACAGUCAGUUAGUUAAGGGUAAUGGUUGUAUUAACAUUGGUGAGAACUCUGUCUUCAAGUAUCAAGAUGCAACUCAGGUUUUCCCAGCUCAACAAAUCCUCUACCUUUCAACCCCAACAUCUGGUUUGUGGGUUGGUGCAACCAGACAAUUCAUUGCCUAUUCAGUUGCCGGUUUUGGAGGUGGUAACUACAUUGCUCACACCAAGGCAAUUAAAUCCUUUUCUUACAAUUCUGGUAAUGGGGUCUUAACUGUUGUCACUGUCUCUUACACCAUGAAAUACACCAUUGGUAUGGGAUAUGAUGAAGAUUUGUUUAGCAUUGUUCCAGUUAUCUCCAUGGGUCCAGGUAUUGGUGAUUCCGUCCUCAAUUCCGCCAUUACCUAUUACGGUGAUGUUCCAUCCCUUAGUUUACCUGCUGCUUGUAAGCCAUGUAAGGAUGAACCAGUCUUCCCACCUUUACCUAAUUAA